GACGCUUCUAUACGAGAGCGGAAAGGGCCUCCGUGCCUGAAGUUGUCGCAUCGACGCAUCGGGUUCGAGCGAUAGACGCGCGCUCUUCCGAGCAAAUCGACAAGAUGGCGGCUCCCAAGUUGAGCAAGAACCAGAAGCGGCGCGCAAAGAAGAAGGCGGACAAGCAGACCAAGACCGAGGAGCCGUCCAAAGCCGAAGAUACGCCCCAGGCUGAGCCAAGCGAGGAUGGUGAGCCGGAGUCGGCCAAAGAAGUAUCCAAUGGCGACGCUGCGGUAGAGCUUGACGUCAAGAAGGAUUUAGCCUCGCCCGACAAGAUCCCCGCCGAUGGGCCCGUCGAAGAGUUCGAUUUCGAUAACGAGGACCCUACCUACUCUAUGUACAAGGAUAUCUUCACCAAGUUUGGCGCAUCUAGAGAAGAAGACGACAUUGCGAAAGAAGCAAACGCUGGCAACCAGGGUGAGGUAUACUUUGAUGAGGACGCCGAUAUACCCGACGAAGAAGAGGAGGGUGGCACGCAACCAAAACUAUCCAAGAAAAAGCGCAAGAUGCUGAACAAACUGUCAAUCGCGGAGCUAAAGGCUUUGGUGAAGAAGCCCGAAGUCGUGGAAUGGCACGAUACAUCGUCGUCAGACCCUCGGCUACUGGUGCAGAUUAAGGCGCAACGAAACGUGGUCCCGGUGCCUUCGCACUGGUCAUUAAAACGCGAGUAUCUUUCGUCCAAGCGAGGUAUUGAGAAGGCCGCAUUCAAGCUACCCAAGUUCAUUGCGGACACCGGCAUUACCGAAAUGAGAGACGCCGUGCUGGAAAAGCAGGCGGAGCAGACUCUAAAGCAGAAGCAGCGCGAAAGGGUGCAGCCAAAGAUAGGCAAGCUGGAUAUCGACUACCAAAAGCUCUACGAUGCCUUUUUCAGAUUUCAGAGCAAGCCGUCACUGACGCGCUUUGGCGAGGUCUAUUAUGAAGGCAAAGAAUACGAAACAGAUUUACGGCACCUACGUCCUGGAGAGCUAAGCGAUAUUCUCAAGGAGGCAUUGAGCAUACCUCCGGGCGCUCCGCCGCCGUGGCUCAUCAACCAACAAAGAUUUGGCCCCCCACCUUCUUAUCCUUCCCUUCGCAUUCCCGGACUCAACGCACCCAUCCCUGCGGGAGCCCAGUGGGGCUUUAACCCGGGGUGCUACGGCAAGCCUCCCGUUGACGAAUACAACCGGCCGUUAUACGGUGGAGAUAUCUUUGGUAUCAUGCAACCGUCGCAAGCAGCUCCCCCACCGGGUGAGCCGGUCGAGCGCACGUUGUGGGGCGAACUGCAGGAGCCUGAAGAAGAGUCCGAGGAAGAGGAAGAAGAAUCGGAAGAGGAAGAAGAAGAAGAGGAGUCCGAUAUGGGCGCCGGCCUGCAGACUCCAUCUGGGUUGGAAACGCCCGGUGGGCUGGCUAGUAGCGUACCAACAGAGUAUGGCACCACUACCGAGUCGGUGGCGGGCGAGCUGGACCUACGAAAAUCACGCCGCGGUUACGAGACAGAAGAUAGCACGCACCCCCGGUCAGCGUACACAGUGGUCCAAGAGAAGCAGUCGCGAGCGGAGGGCUUCUUCGGCAGCGACCGCGUGUACGACCUGAAGAACGCGGGCGGGGACAUGCGUGUGCUCGGCCAAGACGACGACAGCGGCCGGAAGCGCAAGAAGCCCGGCGACGUGGACGUGUCGUUCGACCCGGACGCGCUGGUGGACGGCAUCAGCAAGGACGAGAUGCGCAGGAAGUUCGAGGAAGGGCGGCGCGAGGAGGGCAUAGGGGCCAACUGGAGGCGCGAAGAGGGUCUCGACGAGAUGAUCGCGAACGAGAGCCGCAAGAGGCUGAAGCGCGACGAGGAGAAGAAGGACGACAAGAAGAAGGGCAGCAAGUAUAGGUUCUAGGCGGACGAUCCGCCGUCAGAGGCUGGGAACAGGGCAACAAGCACGAGCCGCAACCGUCUUUCAUCAUCACCUUCAUUA